AUGUGCACUGCCUGCAAACACCUUGGGCUACUAUGCGAAUACAAGCGACCCAUCUGGUGGAGCAACAAUGAUGCUCGAAGACAGCAAAAGGAUGACAUCAAAGGCAUCAUCAAGCGCAAGAAGCUGGCAGAAAAGACUUCCAGCUCAGUUCACACCUCUGUCAGCCCGCCUCCGGGCUUGUCGCAUUCGGUGCCUACAUCGGCCACAUUCUCGGACCCCAUGGAUCGCACAAGGUCUGCUUCCAUCGACUCCCAUUACUCUGAUGGCUUCAACUUUAACAGCCCGCCCAAUGGAACCGAGUUUACCGCGUACAACGCCCAACUACACCCCGACUACGUCUUCAAUGGCUACUCUCCAUAUGAAGUUGAUGUCAAGACGGAGCGACAAAUGUUUGUCAAUGAUGUUCCCACGCUCAGGGAGUCCCAUGUGGCCACGUUCAGCACUUACCAGACUCCCCCUCCUCCUGGAACCAUUCUACCGUCUGGCCAAUUCGAGAACGGAUGGACCGAGCACAUUCGACAAGAGCGACGGGAGUCGAUGGCCGAGGAGGCACUCAAUGUCAACUUCUUUGACUUUGCGCACGGCUCACAAAACGGAUCAAAGCAAUUCAGAAUUGAGCUGGAGGAAAGCGAUCAGCUUCUACUGGACCACUUCAUCCAAUAUGUUUUGCCCAUCAUCUUCCCUAUCCUGGAGUCAAACCAGCACGGGUCGGUCGGCUCCGACUUGAUUCUUCCUGCCCUGCAGUCCAACGGUGUCUUUCUUAACUGCUGCCUUAGUAUUGCCGCCCAGCACCUCAAGACCCACGCCAACCUGCCUGCCGAGGACAUUGAUGAGGAUAUCAUGAAGCACCGUUAUGCCACCAUCUUUUCGCUUUGCGAGUCGCUGAAGCGUGACGAGAACCACCAGCAGAUCCUAGAAGCUACUCUGGGCCUCAUCUUUUUCCAGUGCAUCGUUGGCCGCUUUGAUGAUGGCCUUUUGGAUAUCGCCUGGCACCAGCACUUCCAGGCUGCCAUCAGCCUUGUCCAGAAGCUCGACCUUCCCCGGCUCGUGUCCGACCCUGCUGGCCAGGUUGGACCGACUCCCUUCAACAUGACAUUGACGGCCUGGAUUGACAUUCUCGGCGCCACCAUGCAGGGGACCUCGCCUACCUUUGCUCACACAUACCGGGAAAAGCACCUGUCUCCUGUCAACUCCCAGCUCGGGCUCCGCGAGCUCAUGGGCUGCGAGGACCGGGUCAUGUACCUCAUCUCUGAGAUUGCCUGCCUCGACUCCCUCAAAAAGGACGGCAUGGACGACUACACUCUCUGCCAACACGUCUCCGCUUUGGGAGAGCAGCUCACUCUCACCGAAGUCGGCGAUACCGGCCCCAAGAUGCCCUUUAAUGCCAGUGGCAUCUUGUCACCCAAGCAGCUCUGCAAGAAUAUUACCUCGGCUUUCCGAAUUGCUGCUCGAAUCUAUCUCUGCAGCUUAAUUCCUGGCUUCAGCCCAAGCCAACCUUCUCCUCGAGCUUUAAUUGAGAAAUUGACGACCACACUUCAAUUCAUCCCCUCUGGACCACAGGGAUACGAUCGCAGCCUUGUCUGGGUCUACCUCAUUGCUGGGUCCGUAAGCUUGCCUGGAAGCAACUUCCGAUCUUUCUUCGAAGAGCGCGUCGCUCUGCUUGGUCAUGACGCCAUGUGCGGCGCUUUCGGCCGUAUGGUGACGGUCGUCAGAGAAGUAUGGAGACGAACUGAGAGCUUGACCCAGGUUGCGACUCCUGGAUCAUGCUCGUCUGAGAUUAUGCAGCCGUACGUCAACUGGCGUGACAUCAUGCAAGAAAAGGGCUGGGACUUCUUGUUGAUUUAA